UUGAACUUGGUCGUGAGCAGAUCGCCGAGGAGCCAGUGCAUCUACAUACCAUAACAUAUAUAUUCGUGCGGGUUUUCGAUUCGGGUUUUUUGGAAAAGAAUUUGAAAAUGGAACAAAGCGCCGUUGUUCUUGUGCGUGCCGAUAAGUGUAUAUAAAUCAAGUGUGUUGACUUUGGUUUCUCGAGACUUCUGAUUUUAUCUAACGGUGCUAGUGUGUAUAUAUUAUAUAUAUCAUCCGAAUCAAAGAUUACGAAGAGCGGUGCCUUAACCAUCGACAUGGACUGGCAGCCAACUAUUAUAGCAGGCCUGGUCUGUCUGCUCCUGCCAUCGCAGAUUUCCCUGGCCAGUGCCUGGAGUCUGCCAGCCCGCUACUCGGAUCACCAGGCCUUAACACCAGCACCUGUUGGCCGACGAUUAAAUGAGGUAUCACCGUAUCUGGACUUGGCCUUGUGUCCCAUUCGAGCGGAGCCCUGGACUUGUGCUCGACAGCAAUCUGGAAGGAUACUGGAUGCCUGGGAUGGAGAACUUAAUGUCCAAUGGCAGAAACUGAAGGUCGAGGCCGAUCGGCAGAUGAAUGCCACGAUCGAGAGGAGAGGGUACAGCACCUCCGAGUUGCCCGUGAAAGAGAAGCCAUCGACGAUACUAAAGAAAAUUGAAAUCGGCACGAAUUACAUGAAGAAAUACCUGGCCGAGUCUAUGGACGGCUUCCUUGGCCGCGAAUACGAGUAUCUGCAGACACCGAAAGCGGCGGAUGAUGAUAGUGAAACCGACCAGAGUGGAAAUAGCGUCGAAGAUGAAGAUGAAGCGGAUGCCGCCGACGAUGCCAGCAAUGCGGCUGAGGAGGAGCAUGCAGAUGAUGAGGAUACGGAUGGCAACAAUGAGGAGGAGGACGAGGACGACGAUGACCAGGAGGAGGAGGACGACGACGAGGAUGACUCCGACAGCACUGCGGAACAGGAAAAAGAGCCCGAGGCCGAGACCGAAGAUGAGGAUGUAGACGAGGCGGUGUCGGCACCUGAAAGUGAAACCGAAAAGGAAAAUACUCCAAGCGUCUUCAGUGGUCCCCCAGCGGUCCAGCCACAAGGUGAUGUCAAAAAUCCGGUCUUCAGCGAAGACAACACAUCAACAGGUGUGGAAUUCAUCGAACUGCAGGACGGCGAGGAAGCUGCUGCGGGUGCACUGAAAAAACCGGGAGGUGGCAAGCGCAAGAAGAACAAAAAGGGCGGCAAGCGCAAGAAGAACAAGAAGAAGGGUCAAGGUCAGGAGACACAACCAGCCACCUUGGUGGUUGUCCAGGCGGCACCAGAGCACCAUGAAGUCGACUCUGGACACGAAAGUGCAUCCACGGUGAUAAGUCAUGAUGACAACGAAUCCCUGGCCAGGCCCAUGAAGAAACGGAAGCAGAAGCGCCGCAUGAAGGGCAAGCGGAAGCGCAAGGGUCAACAGGGUUCAGCCGUGGUGGAGCACGAGCAGAGCGACCUGAGUCUGGGCCUGGGACUGCUCGACGAACUGGCCGAUGCGGACGAUGUGUUCUCGGGCGUCGGCGGGGGAAAACGCAAGCACAGGAACCCACUUAAUUAUGGUAGAAGUAACGGAGUGACCCGUGGCAAGAAGAAGAAGAAGAAGAAGGCAAUUGCCAAGUUCAUAAUGAUUGGCACCUUCCUGAAGGCCAAAAUCGAACUGCUACUGAAGAUCUUAGGUGCCCAUCUGCAGGUCAAGUUCUUUGCCAUAGCCCUUAUUGGCCUGUUGAUCAAUAUAGCCCGAUUCUGGAUCGAUGUGAAACGCGGCAGUCCGCCGUCGAAGGUUGUAUACGUUGAACAUGCCCACCAUCAGCACCAUUACGAGGAUCAUGGCGAGGACUGGAGCGAGCCGGGCAGCUAUUGGAAGAGAUCCCUGCAGACGGAUCCCUCGGUCGAGGAGGUGGACUCCUCUACGGACAGCUAUCAGGUGCGACAGCCCCAGCAGCAAUCCCAGACUCUGGAUCCCCAUUAUCUGGCCUAUCGUAAUCAGUACAACCAGUGGCAAUAGAUUACAACACCCCCCCUCGAAAAAAAAAUACAUGCCCCACACCACCUGAACUUUGACCUCCAAUGGAGACAUUAUUUAUUGUAUUUAUUUGAUUUACAUUCGUACUACGAUGCUGAUUAUUAAAU